UCGAAUAUGUAUCGAUUAGCGUGAUUUACUCGAUACCAUAUGAUAGAGAAAAUGUACGUCAUGUGAUUGUGGAUUCUUUUUUUCGCACGAAGUAGUCACCUGUCGGCCGAGAAAAAUACAAUUACGCCUGCAAUUAGACAGAUAAAAAAACGUGCAAGAUGGCGCCACAAAUACGCACAGUCGUAACGCAAACAUUUCUAUGGCUCUUCCUCGCCGUGUCCACCAUACUUAUCCUCUACUUUGUUAUGACUGGCAAGGGCGAACGCGUAAGCGUUGGCUGGUUCUUGGCCUCCUCAAGCCCGUACAUGUGGGCCUGUCUGGGCAUCGGACUAUCCGUCUCCCUGUCCGUUGUCGGCGCUGCCCUUGGCAUACACACCACGGGCACCAGCAUUGUGGGCGGUGGCGUCAAGGCGCCACGCAUUAAGACCAAGAAUUUGAUUUCGGUCAUUUUCUGCGAGGCUGUCGCCAUCUACGGCCUAAUCACUGCCAUUGUCCUCUCCGGUCAGCUGGAGCAGUUCAAAAUGGAAUCGGCGCUCGCCAGCGAGAGCGUGAUGAACCAGAAUUGGUUCUCGGGCUAUCUGAUUUUCGGUGCUGGCCUUGCCGUCGGCCUGGUCAACUUGUUCUGCGGUAUUGCGGUCGGCAUUGUUGGCUCCGGAGCAGCGCUCUCGGAUGCAGCUAACGCUGCAUUGUUUGUCAAGAUUCUGAUUGUGGAGAUUUUCGGCUCGGCCAUUGGUCUCUUCGGUCUGAUUGUGGGCAUUUAUAUGACAUCCAAAGCCAAAAUGGGUGAUAAGGAUUAAGUGGACGCAGCAGAUCGUUCGCAAUUUACAGUUUCAGGAGAUAAUCCUCCCCGCUUCGAUCACGACAACAUGGGACUUUAGUUACUUAAGUUGAAAAGUUAAAUAUGCAAUUUUUACGCUGCGCGCGUUUCGUUUAAUUUCAGCAUCAAACGUUGAAUGUGCGCCGUGUAAAAAUUACGUCGAUUUGUUUUUAAUGUAGUUAUCAAUAUUAUUUGCAUGUGUGCGAAAGACAAAUGUGUGUGUUUAUGAUAUAAGUAUAUAGUGUAUAGAUGUUAAUAUUAUUUGUUCAAUUUUGGCACUUGUAUUUCUUAAAAAAAAAUGUAUUAUAUUAACUACAACUACAAAUAAUAAAUAUAAAAAACUGUGUAUUUUAUGCUAUUGUUAAACCAGAAGUAAUUGAAGUACACACACAAUAUUAUUAUUAUUAUAGAAAGUAUUCCAUAUAAAAACUAUUAAAUACAUGUUUUGUUAAAUAAUCCCCUAAA